AACAUUCUCUUGUUGCCUGCAAUAGAUGGAGACAUUCCUGUGAGGCAUUACUGUGAAGACAAGUAGGGUGAUCUUAAAAUAAUUGCAAUUCACAGGUGUAGGGAAGCAAGAAGUGGAUUAAAGUUGUAGUUGUCCUAGUUUUGGUCUUGUAGUGCACUUGGUAGGAAAAACACCAGGGAACUGGCAUACAGGAGGGCACUGUAUUGUGAAGGGUCCCACAAACUAGGGAAAAAAAAAAGUGAAUGUUGUUUUGGUUGAAGGUGGGAGAACAGGUGGGAAGGUUGGGAGGUUUAUGAGAGUGCUGGGGGGUUCUGGUGAGGAGGGUCCCUGUGACCACAGUGAGGCCAGGCAGGUGUCCCAGAGGGCAAGGGAAGGUCACGCGCUCGGGAUGAGCAAGUGCCUGACAUUUCAGCACCCAAGAAACCCUCUGGCUGGCUGGAGGAAACUCUGUGGUUGAAUUAUGCAAUUGUGCUCUAUGAGGUUUUUCUCUGCAGAGUUUUUGCUACUCACAACUACUGGAAAGUGAGUGAGGUGGAACUCAUAGGACAGUGUCUCUGGGUUUAAGGAAACCUCACCAACACCAGUAUUACGGAUACAGAGAGAGGGGCUGCUGCUGAGAAAUGGAUUCCUUACCAAGUUCAUCCUUUUUGAAAGCAAUUGGAUAUGUUGGACUUUUUUACUCGCUUGGUUUCUUUUUUGAAAGCUUCCGCGUCAGCAGGAGAAGUUCCAUGGAGUUGGACUAAAAUAAAGUUUUGGGAUGUCUCUAUUUGGAUUAAAAUUUGGAAAGAAGAAAUUGAAAGAGGAAGAGAGACAACUUCAAGCAAACAACCGGGAUUUUAAUCUGCAGUUUGAAUAUGCUAACAAUUCAAUUAAAACAUCGAAAUACAAUUUCUUCACUUUCCUGCCUCUCAACCUGUUUGAACAGUUUCAGCGAAUAGCCAAUGCCUACUUUCUUUUCUUGCUGAUUUUGCAGUUGAUUCCCCAGAUUUCCUCACUGGCCUGGUUUACAACAGUGGUGCCCCUGGUGCUGGUGCUGGCUGUGUCAGGCGUAAAAGAUGCCAUCGAUGAUUUUAAUCGGCACAAAAGUGACAAACACGUCAACAACCGCCCAGUCCAGGUCCUGAUCAAUGGCAUGUUAAAGGAACAAAAAUGGAUGAAUGUCCAAGUGGGGGAUAUAAUAAAACUAGAAAACAACAACUUUGUGACGGCUGAUCUACUGUUACUCUCAAGCAGUGAACCGCACAGCCUGACGUACAUCGAGACAGCUGAGCUGGAUGGUGAAACAAACCUGAAGGUGAAGCAGGCACUGACAGUCACUGCAGAGCUUGGAGAAGAUCUUCAGAAGCUGACAGAGUUUAAUGGUGAAGUCAGAUGUGAGGCACCGAAUAACAAACUGGAUAAAUUCACAGGCACUCUUACUCUUCGAGGAGAAAAGUAUGCCCUGGACAAUGAGAAGAUGUUGCUGAGGGGCUGUACUAUCAGGAACACAGAGUGGUGCUUUGGACUUGUUAUUUAUGCUGGGCCAGACACUAAACUAAUGCAGAACAGUGGAAAAACAACUUUUAAACGAACUAGCAUCGAUCGGCUCAUGAAUGUCCUUGUGUUGGUGAUUUUUGCAUUUUUAGGACUGAUGUGUCUCAUCCUAGCCAUUGGCAAUGGCAUCUGGGAGCAUGAUAAGGGCUACUACUUCCAGGUAUAUCUGCCCUGGGCAGAAGGUGUCAACUCUGCCUCCUACUCCGGCUUCCUCAUGUUCUGGUCAUAUGUGAUCAUUCUAAACACAGUGGUACCGAUUUCACUCUAUGUCAGUGUAGAGAUUAUACGGUUGGGUAACAGUUUCUACAUCGACUGGGACCGUAAAAUGUAUUAUCCGCUGAAUGAUACACCGGCUCAGGCUCGAACCACUACACUCAAUGAAGAACUGGGACAGAUCAAGUACAUCUUCUCAGACAAAACAGGAACUCUCACUCAGAACAUCAUGUGUUUCAACAAGUGCUCCAUCAAUGGCAAAUCCUACGGUGAUGUGUAUGAUAUGUCUGGGCACAGGGUAGAGAUAAAUGAGAACACAGAGAAGGUUGAUUUCUCGUACAACCCGCUGGCUGACCCAAAGUUUGCAUUCUAUGACCAAAGCCUGGUUGAUGCUGUGAAGCGGAAUGAUGUCCCAACGCACAGGUUCUUCCGACUGCUCUCACUUUGUCACACAGUGAUGCCAGAGGAGAAGAAGGAAGGUAGCUUGGUGUAUCAGGCCCAAUCUCCUGACGAGGGAGCCCUUGUCACUGCUGCCAGAAACUUUGGAUUUGUGUUCCGGGCUCGCACACCAGAGACCAUCACUGUUGUAGAAAUGGGAGAAACAAAAGUCUACAAACUUCUGGCUAUUCUUGAUUUCAACAAUGUUCGCAAGCGAAUGUCUGUGAUUGUGCAGAGUCCAGAAGGUGACUUGACUUUGUACUGCAAGGGGGCUGACACCAUUCUUUAUGAACUGCUUAAUUCGUCCUGUGAAUCUCUCAAAGAGGAAACCACAGAACACCUGAAUGAGUUUGCUGGAGAAGGUCUGAGGACACUUGUGGUGGCCUAUAAAAACUUGGAGAAAGACUAUUUUCAGGAUUGGAUCAGGCGCCACCAUGAAGCAAGCACUGCCUUGGAAGGACGGGAAGAAAAACUGUCAGAGUUAUAUGAAGAGAUUGAAAAAGACCUAAUGCUGUUAGGUGCCACAGCGAUUGAAGACAAGCUACAGGAUGGAGUCCCACAGACAAUUGAGACUCUUGCCAAAGCCAGCAUCAAGAUAUGGGUUCUCACUGGAGAUAAGCAAGAAACAGCAGUGAAUAUUGGUUACUCCUGCAACUUGCUGAACGAUGACAUGGAAGAUGUUUUCAUUAUUGACGGCAGCACAUCUGAUGACGUCCGGAAUAAGCUGAGGAAUGCAAGGAAAAAGAUGAAGCCAGACUCCUUUCUGGACAGUGAUGAAAUCAACAUUCAGUUUCAAAAAUCUUCAAAAAAACCAAAAAUUAUACCUGAUGAGCAAGCAAAUGGGGUGUAUGGUCUGGUUAUCACUGGCCACAGCCUGGCUUAUGCACUGGAAGGGAAUCUGGAGCUGGAGCUGGUGAGAACUGCCUGCAUGUGCAAAGUGGUGAUCUGCUGCCGGGUGACUCCCCUGCAGAAGGCCCAGGUGGUGGAGCUGGUGAAGAAGUACAAGAAGGCUGUGACCCUGGCAAUUGGAGACGGCGCUAACGAUGUCAGCAUGAUCAAAACUGCCCACAUUGGGGUUGGUAUCAGUGGCCAGGAGGGGAUGCAGGCAGUCUUGUCCAGUGACUUCUCCUUUGCCCAGUUCCGUUACCUGCAGCGCCUGCUCUUGGUCCAUGGCCGGUGGUCCUACAUCCGCAUGUGCAAGUUCCUCAAAUACUUCUUCUAUAAGAAUUUUGCCUUCACCUUAGUGCAUUUCUGGUAUGGCUUCUUCUCUGGCUUCUCAGCACAGACCGUCUAUGAUGAGUGGUUCAUUACACUUUACAAUUUGGUAUAUACCUCCCUCCCAGUGCUAGGAAUGAGUCUCUUUGAUCAGGAUGUGGAUGAUCGUUGGAGCAUGCUGUUUCCUCAGCUAUAUGUGCCUGGCCAGCAAAACCUCUAUUUUAACAAAGUGGUGUUUGUCAAGUGCAUGUUGCAAGGGAUCUACAGUUCCCUCAUCCUCUUCUUCAUCCCCUUUGGGGCCAUGUACAAUACAAUGAGGAGUGAUGGGAAGGCCAUUGCUGACUACCAGUCCUUUGCUCUGAUGGCCCAGACCUGCUUACUGAUUGUGGUGUCUGUACAGAUUGGCUUGGACACCUCUUACUGGACAGUUGUGAACCAGUUCUUCAUCUGGGGAAGCCUUUCUGUUUAUUUUGCUAUCACCUUCACCAUGUAUAGUGAUGGCAUGUAUCUGAUCUUCACGGCCUCCUUUCCCUUCGUUGGUACGGCUCGAAACACCCUCAGCCAACCGAAUGUGUGGCUAGCAAUCUUCCUCAGCAUCACCCUCUGCGUGCUGCCCGUGGUUGGCUUUCGAUUCCUGAAGACUCAGUUAAAGCCAACACCCAGUGAUAAAGUCCUGCUCAAGAUCAAAGAAGCCAAAAAGCGGCCCCCUCCACCCUCACCCAAGAGACGGCUGCGUCGGACCAGCACCCGCCGCUCUGGCUAUGCCUUCUCUCACCAACACGGCUUUGGAGCACUCAUUAUGUCGGGCAGAAACAUGCGGCCAAAAUCACCUUUCGCCACAACAGGAACAUUUUCACCAAAUAGUGACAAAUAUAAACACAAAGGAUUGUAAAAAAAAAAAAAAAAAA